AUGAAGAUGACAGUCAUUGCGGCUUCCAGCACUGCAGGAAUCGGCGCCGCGAUUGCUAGAGUUGUCGCUGGUGGACCUUCUGCAGCAGUGCCCGCUGCAGGUAUAAAUGCAGCACUUGUAAACGGCGCUGCGACUGGCGUCGUGACAGCCGCUUCAAGUUUGUUCACUGCUACUGGUAUUGGCACGGUCGGCGGACAGGCAAUUAGAGUGGCCACGCUCUAUGGUCGAACUGCUGGUGCCGUUGGUACGGGAGCUAUGAGCGCUGUUAGGAGUGGCGUAAUAACCGGUGCUAUAUUAGGAGGUGUGUUAUCUGUAGGAGGUGGUACAACAGACGCAAAAACGAAAGAAUAG